AUGCUAGAUAUUCUGGCAUUUGAAAUCACUUGCAAAUUGAUUGCAACAAUUCCAGACAAAAACUUUGUAACGGCCCUUUGGCCGGGAGUUUGGUGUGCCUUUAGCGGUGGUUACAAGCUCGUCCUCGAGGCCCUCCUUCAGGGUCGUCAGGGCCGCACGUGGCUACUCGAUGUGUGCUGGUCGUCUCGGGGUAUGGUCUCGGAGGAUAAUGCGCGGCGUUGGCCGGCGGAAAAGGCGGAGGAUAAUGCGCUCCGAGAAUGCUUUCGCAUCCUGGGAGUCUGCGAGGGGGCGGACCAGAACACCGUGCGUCAGGCGUACUUGGAUUUGGUGAAACGCGUCCCUGGAUGCGAGGAGGCCAGUGCCGAACGAUUCCAGCAGGUGGACGAGGCCUUCAAGAUGCUGCAGGAGAAGUUCACUAAGGGUCGGCGCAACAUCCCGGACGACGAGGAGCAGGCCAUGGAGUUUGACAUCAAGCACACGGCGCCACAACAUCGACAGUUUCUGUCCAACGAGGGCAUUGGCUUGGGCACACCCUUUCAGCGCCAGAAGCAGUACCAGCAGGUGCGCGCCAUGAAGGCCCAAGAGCGUGUCCUCGAGCAUCGCAUUGACAAGGCGGCCGCCGGUGACAGCACCCUCAUGUCCAAGGAGGGAACCCAUUUUCGCAAGCACGCCAUCAAAACCAAAUACGGCAUUGAUCGUGUAGUGGAGGAUCUCAUCCAGGAGUCCAUGUCUAUGGGCGAUUUCAACAAUCUCAAUGGCUCGGGCAAGCCGCUGUCCUCCGCCCAGUCGCAGAAUCCCUACCUGGACUUUACCACACACAAACUGAACAGGAUAAUGCUCGACAAUGGCUUCAUUCCCGAAUGGAUCACCCUCAGCAAGGAGAUACGCGAUGCGCGGCUGCAACUGUUGCUGAAAGUUCGCCAGGAGCGCGUCUACUACGGCGAUUGGCCACUACAGCUUCCCGACGAGCAGGCCGCCUGGCAAAGGUUCUCCCUGGACCACGAGCAUGAAGUCCAGGAGCUGAACAAGUUGAUAGACAAAUACAAUCUGAUUGUGCCCAUACUCAAGAAUCAGUUCUUUCGCUAUCGCCUGGACCGUGAGGCCCCAAUCGUGUUUAAGGAGACAGAUUUAAAACGGAAUCAGCCGCGUCCUGCAGCCCAAUGCAAAGCGAAGGAUAGACAGUCGGAAAAGGCGUUCAAAAGCUUGUUAUCCGAUCUGAUAAGCCGUCUGUUGUGAUUGGAAUUGGGAUACGUAAGCAUCCCCAUUCCAUCCCCCGGUGAUAUUAGUUUGUAGAAAUACGUUUAAAUAUUUUGAAUAAUUUGUUAUAUGAUUUAUAAAAACAUGGAAUGCCUGCAGUCUUAGCCAAAAAUAGUAAUAAAAGUAAUCCCUUGGAGGGCAUCAAAACUUACUAAAACUAAAUGGUUAAA